GUGCUUUCCAGUGACCCCCAGAGAGGGAGGCCAAGAGUUCUUGACUCUGUCACAUGGAUGGGAGCGGGCACGAGCCAUGGAGAAGGCCAUGACAGUGUCUGUGUCUGGUCCCUUCUACAUCAAACCAAAGCCACCUCCAGAUACAUGUACCAGGACCUCAGUUUCCAUGCAAAACCUGGAGGGUGGAUACCUGCUACAGGCCUGGAAGAAAGUUGGCUCUUUAGGGGACCAGUUGAGAACUGGAGUUUGAGCCAUGAACACAACGUCAAGGCUUUCCCUUACUCCGUCAGUCCUACCUAUGCCCUGCACCGCACAGAGGACUGCUUGAUCUAGUUCUAGAAGAACAGCACCAGGCCAGUCCCAGGCACCUGCCCCCACUUGAAUUGUUCACCUUUGGCUCUGUGGGGAACCUUGAACCCAGGGAGUGGAGCUGGAAAAGAAGUGACCAGGGUCAAAGGACAGGUAGGUAGGCGUAGGUGCCAGAGGUUCCCAGGAUGGAAUCCAAUGGCACAACCGCUUCCUGUUGCCUAAACUCAGCUGUGUUCAAGGUCUCCCUCAGUGUGAUCCUCACCCUCCUCAUCCUCAUCACCAUCGCUGGCAACGUGGUUGUCUGCCUGGCUGUCAGCCUGAACCGCCGACUCCGCAGUCUGACCAAUUGCUUCAUUGUGUCCUUGGCAGUCACUGACCUUCUCCUUGGCCUCCUGGUGCUUCCCUUCUCAGCCAUCUACCAGCUUUCCUUCAAGUGGAGUUUCGGCCAGGUCUUCUGUAACAUCUACACCAGCCUGGAUGUGAUGCUCUGCACAGCCUCCAUCCUCAACCUAUUCAUGAUCAGCCUGGACCGGUACUGCGCCGUCACAGACCCGCUGCGGUACCCUGUGCUGGUCACCCCAGUUCGCGUCACAGUCUCUUUGAUCUUCAUCUGGGUCAUAUCCAUCACCCUGUCCUUCCUGUCCAUUCACCUGGGGUGGAACAGCAGGAAUGAGACCCGCAGGAGCGAGGACAAGUGCAAGGUGCAGGUGAACGAAGUGUAUGGACUGGUGGACGGGCUGGUCACCUUCUACCUGCCUCUCCUGAUCAUGUGCAUCACCUACUACCGCAUCUUUAAGAUCGCCCGGGAGCAGGCCAGAAAGAUCAACCACAUCAGCUCCUGGAAAGCAGCCACCAUCAGGGAGCACAAAGCCACCGUGACCCUGGCUGCCGUCAUGGGGACCUUCAUCAUCUGCUGGUUUCCGUACUUCACCGCAUUUGUCUACCGUGGCCUGAAAGGGGAUGAUGCCAUCAACGAGGUGUUUGAAGCCAUCGUUCUGUGGCUGGGAUAUGCCAACUCAGCCCUGAACCCCAUCCUGUACGCUGCCCUCAACAGAGACUUCCGCACUGCGUACCAGCAGCUCUUCUGCUGCAGGCUGGCCAGCCACCGUUCGCACAAAACUUCACUGAGGUUAAAUAACUCCCUGCUGUCCAGGAGUCAAAGCCCAGAGGCCAAGUGGCAGGAGGAGAGACCCCUGAAGCUCCAGGUGUGGAGUGGAACGGACGUCACAGCCACCCAGCGAGCCUCAGACAGGAAGCCUGCACGGUCCUGCACCAGGUGCUCCGGCAACCUCCUGAGCUGUUGCAAGAGCCUGUGGGGGCUUCAGUUCCUCCAGCAAAGCCCUUCAGGGGAGCAGUCAGGAGAGCCACUCUCGGAGGAAAACGUGAGAACGCCAUCAGAGGAAACAGUGAGGGCCUGUGAGGCUGUGUAGAUCCUGCCUUGGGACGCUAAAGAUACUGCUCCUGGUCCCCUGGAUUUCACUCCAGAAGCCCCUUGGAACCCAGGUCCUACAGCCACUAAGAAAAAAUCUUAGCCUGAGCUUGGGGGUUCUCUGAACACACACCCGGGUUCUGUGGGCCACCCACACAGGGCAGACCAGCCUGUUCUGUAUGUGCUCAACAUUCCAGACAAGUGUUCGGGCCACCUUUGGGCUGAAUUCCCUGGGUUCAAAGCUCACGUUGGUGCUGGCCCUAGGAUUCAUGAGCAGAGACAGUGGGACAAACCGAUAUAUGCACACGUGUGCAUGGAUGUGCAGUUAUAGGGACAUGCAUAUCCUCUGAAGAUACUGUUAUAAAGCACUGGCUUUUUACUCCCUCGUGAGAGCUACAGAAUGAAGUCCCGGAAUGGGAAGAAAAGAGAAGGGAAGGGAAGGGAAUUGCCUUUCAUGAACACCCCUACUAUACCAUGAUCUAUAUAACAUGUGCAGAGGGGUAAGCAUCUCCCUCCCAACUUUGUAGAGAUGGAAACUGAGCUCAGAGAAGUAUGGAACCCAACUAAGGCCACCCAGCUAGAAAGCAUGUCUUGCAAGGCAUUAAAAAAAAAAAAAAGCUGGGGAGGUGGAGACAAGUGGAUCUCCAGGAAUGACUGGUUAACCAUUCUAGCCUACUUAGCAAGUUCCAGGCCAGUGAGCGACCCCAUUUCAAAGAGGUUGAUGUAGGACUGGGCGUGGUGGUACACGCCUUUAAUCCUGGCCCUCAGGAGACAGAGGCAGGAGGAUUACUGUGAGUUCAAGGCCAGCUUGGGUUAG